AGCCCGGCUCGGGCGCGUCUGCGGAGCCGCCUGACUCCCCAGCCGAGGCGGCGGCGGCCGGCGCGGCGGGCCGGGGCUGUGCGCCGGCGCCGGACCAUGGAGCGCGGGCUGCACCUCGGCGCGGCCGCCGCGGGCGAAGACGACCUCUUUCUACACAAGAGCCUGAGCGCCUCCACCGCCAAGCGCUUGGAGGCGGCUUUCCGCUCCACGCCCCCGGGCAUGGACCUGUCCCUGGCGCCGCCGCCCCGAGAGCGCCCGGCGUCGUCCUCCUCAUCGCCCCUGGGCUGCUUCGAGCCGGCUGACCCCGAGGGGGCAGGGCUGCUGCUGCCACCGCCUGGGGGAGGCGGUGGCGGCGCGGGAGGCGGUGGCGGCGGCGGCGGCGGCGGGGUGGGCGUCCCCGGGCUGCUCGUGGGCUCUGCCGGCGUUGGGGGCGACCCUAGCCUGAGCAGUCUGCCGGCUGGGGCCGCCCUGUGCCUCAAAUACGGCGAGAGUGCGAGCCGGGGCUCGGUGGCCGAGAGCAGCGGCGGCGAGCAGAGCCCCGACGACGACAGCGACGGCCGCUGCGAGCUGGUGCUGCGGGCCGGAGUCGGCGACCCGCGGGCCUCCCCGGGCGCGGGAGGCGGCGGCGCCAAGGCGGCCGAGGGCUGCUCCAACGCCCACCUCCACGGCGGCGCCAGCGCCCCCCCGGGGGGUCCCGGCGGUGGCGGCGGCGGCGGCGGCGGCGGGGGUAGCAGCAGCGGCGGCGGCGGCGGCGGCGGCGGCGGCGGCAGCGGUAGCAGCAGCAGCAAGAAAUCCAAAGAGCAGAAGGCGCUGCGGCUCAACAUCAACGCCCGGGAGCGCCGGCGGAUGCACGACCUGAACGACGCGCUGGACGAGCUGCGCGCGGUCAUCCCCUACGCGCACAGCCCCUCGGUGCGGAAGCUCUCCAAGAUCGCCACGCUGCUGCUCGCCAAGAACUACAUCCUCAUGCAGGCGCAGGCCCUGGAGGAGAUGCGGCGUCUUGUCGCCUACCUCAACCAGGGCCAGGCCAUCUCGGCCGCGUCGCUGCCCAGCUCCGCCGCCGCGGCGGCGGCGGCCGCUGCCCUGCACCCGGCGCUUGGCGCCUAUGAGCAGGCUGCCGGCUACCCGUUCAGCGCUGGGCUGCCCCCGGCCGCCUCCUGUCCGGAGAAGUGCGCCCUGUUUAACAGCGUCUCCUCCAGCCUCUGCAAACAGUGCACGGAGAAGCCUUAAACACCCCCCCCCCACCCUGGAAAACACAAGACCGACCCAAAAGCUAGAGGAAAGUGAAAAGCUGCCCCCCCUUCCCUUUUUAUUUUGGUCCUCUCGUAGUUGUGAAACACUUGCAAAGCAAACAAAGCAGAGGCGAGAACUGAGGAGAAGUAUCAGAGACAAACGGGACUUUUAGCCUUGACAUCCCCAGAAUCUCCGUCUUUGGGGUGGGGAGGGAGGGAGGAGGGAGGUGGAGUUGGGAUGAAGUAUGGAUGUCUUUUUUUUCUCAGAAAAGUGGCAACUUUGGUGGCAGCCUAGACCGCAAGGGAGUUUAAGAAAUAAGUUGGGAAGUAGUCGCUUGGUUAUUAAGCGUGGAGAUUAUUUAUUCAAUGGCAAAAUACUAAUCCUACUAAUAAUUGUGAAUUUGGCUAGUGCUGAGGGGCAGAGGAGGAGUCCGGGUUGGGUGGCUUGUGGGACGGAAUAUUCAUUCAGACAAAUCAGAAAGGGCACUUGAAAAUAAAUUUUGAUUCUGAGCCAGGAGAAAAACUUGAAAUGUAGACUUAUUUAAGUGGGGGGAAAAAACCAGAAAGAGACACAUUGCUAUGAAAAGACUUGUAUUUUUUAUUGUCUCUGAACUUUAAUCCUGUGAAAACGCUCAAAAGUUUUGGCAAGAGUGAUAUAAAAAACUGACUGUGGCUGAAAGAAUUGCAUUUAAAAAUAUUUAUGUGCACCUUGUUACUUUUCACUCUGCAAUGAUGUAUUAACAAUUCAUGGUAUUUAUUUGUUAUUCUUCAAUGACCCUUCCACAUCAACAAUAUUUAUCAUGUGUUAAGGUCAUGGGUCUUAUGUGCAGAUUUUUUUAAUGCCUCUAAAAUUCUGUUUUAUAGAUUAACUUAUACUGUGUGCCAAGUGUUUAAAAGGUUUAUUUGCCAACAAGUAUGAAGAGACAUAUUGAUGUAUCUGAGCUGCUUAGGUUUAUCAAAGGUCACCUGGAUAUUUUCAGUUGCAUCAUCCCUGUAUUUAAAUUGAGCUUUAAUAAAUUGCUUCAGUCCAAAAAUUGCAGGAAAGGUGUAUUCUUAAUUGAUGAAUGAAUUGAUCUCUUUUUUUGAAAGGGGACUCCUUUGCAUUCUAAAAGGGAAAGACAUCACAGCAAUAGAUCCUAUAAGUAAGAACAUGCUAAGCAAAUAUUUUUCCAGGCUGUGCUGUGCAUUUUUAAAAGGUCUAAUUUAAUUGCUUUUAAUAUAUAUGUACAUAUAUAAGUUAUUUUAACUGUGGAGAAUUAUUUAAGUUAAAAGACUGGUUUGAUUUGCCUAGGGUGUGAAAUCCUUUGUUAUUUUUCUAAAAAAAAUAAAAUUUAAAAAGAAAUAAAACUAAGGAAGAGCGAGAAGCUAUUUACCCAAAGUGAGCUUUCAGUUUUAGUUUGCAUGGCUGUUUGCCUGCCUUUCUGUCCUAUGAAAAUCAAGAAAACCUUUUUUUGAAAAAUGGAGUCCUGCUAUUUUCCACUCUUUGCAGAUAAUACAAAUUCAGUUUGUCAGGUUGGAUGGCGAGUUGGGAGCUAUGAUGGAUCUACUGGCGGGUUUUGGAUGUGUAAAGAAUGAUAUAUAUCGUAAAUAGGUCAAUCAGACUAUGACAGCUAUGUACGACCAUUUGUAUGUGUAUCUAUGUCAGAAAGAAUCUUUAUUAAAAUAUUUUGAUCAAACAUUUUAUUAUGCUGUG